AUGCGACCGCUCACCGCACUGCUGAUAGUGGCCGCGUGCCAGUGUGUCUACGCACACCAACACUCGCGAACGUCGCGCCAAUUUCUACAAACCACGCUACACUCGCUCCUUGGACAACACUACCAACCCAUACAACGUUUAUUCUCCUGUAGUCACGCGUUAGGACCCACAAAAUGUCUCAGUGCUCUAAGUGUGUGGCGAGCAGAACGCGCCAUCAAGGCGUUCGCCCAAAAUCCCGCCAAACAGUUCAACCUGACUGAAGAUGUGGAGCAGUUUCCAUGGAAGAAGUACAGUAACGUAUCUGAUGAACAGAUAUACACACAACUUUAUGAUGAUACCACAAAAUUAUUACAAUAUCGAUCCCUGGGUUUCGAUAUGAUACCCGGAUACAAUGUCAAGCUUGGAUCCAAAGAAAACGGGACGAUGCGUGUCGACAUUUAUAGAAGUGACACGGCAGAAACUGGUCGGAGCAGCAUGAAGAAAUUACAGAAAAUGUUUUAUAAAUACGGGCCGUUUCUUCUAAUACCUGGUUUGGUAACAUCAGCAAUAAUCCCGUUUAUACUGCCGGGAUUGAAGAUGAUGACUUUGAUGGUCGGAAUGAUGAACAAUAUGGCGCUGAUGGGAGCCUUGUUUACAAUGCUUAGGAACAAUGCCUUUAACGACAAGUACGAACAUAAAGUAAUUUAUGUGAAUAGUGGAUAUGAAAAUGAGAAGCAUAUAGCAGCGUCAAACAAUGAAGAGCACAUCCACACGGAUCAUUAUGGAAUGGUGUACGAUGAAACUAAACAUCCUCCACAGCAUGCAGCAUUAGGCGUAGAAUUUGAAAAUAUGGAAUCGUUGCCACCGUUUGCCCUAAAUCCAGAUUGGCUGAAAGCGUAUAGGGAUGGUAAAUUGGUCGCUUUGAUGGGCCAAGACCACCAUGCCAAUAAAAAACAUUAA